GGUAAUACGUAUCAGCUCGGCUUACGGUUGUCCUGACAGCUUCAGUACAUCAGUAGGUGCCACGAGAUGCACUCACAAUGAUCGUCCCGUGUAACGUCUUCUCUUUGGUAUUUGCCUUUUCUGUUCAUGGUUUGCCACUGGACGUGACUCUUACAGCGGAAUCUCCAACCUUCACUAAUUUGACCACUUAUGGAGUUGAUAUCAGUCGCUGCCGCAGCAUCACGUUCCAAGUGAAGACAUGUGAAGACCAUGGAUUUACGAUGACGGACUCAUUGGGAAAUACAGUCAUGUCCGCGGUUAUCGGCGGAUGGAGUAAUUCGUGGUCUAAACUGUUGGGAAACGGAACUGAAAGGUUCCUUCCAACAGCGGACAUUCUGUCCUGUGAUGAAUAUAGGUCGUUUUGGCUUGACUGGAAUGUUCAUAAGGUCGCCGUGGGCAAGGGCGUAGUUCUUGGAGAAGCCAAAGUGAUGGACUUGGAUUUCCCCGAAUCCGACACAGUAGCACAUAUUUUACUCAAGCGAGUGAAUAGUGCACUACCAACAACUCGCAUAGGAGAAAUGUUCAGAAGUCGGUUUGAGCUGGUCAACGGACCCGGGAUAUUCAGCGAUGGACUUGUCGAGGAGAAGGUGACUACUUUCGCCGACUGUAUUCAUCUGUGUGCAGACCACCGCGACUGUGGCAUGUUCAGCUACAACUCUGAACAACCUCUCUGUGCUUUAUUCAACAGGAUGACGUCAUCAUUCAACAUGACGUCCGAGAAUGGUUGGAAGUCGUGGAAAAUGCUCUAUUGCAAUAUGUAACGACACCAAUGUUUCCUCGGGGCAAUUUUUCAAAUAAUAUUUAUCGAUCGAUCAAACCUGAAAUUUCGAUUGACAUUUCUGUCAAUUGAUUGAGUUGUUGGUUACAGAGGGUGAAGGGAUAAAAACGUGUCUCAUUAAAAUAGAAGCAUAUUUAAUAUAUAGACGUGAUGGCGUCUACGUGCAGUCGUGGUUCAAAAAUAUUUUAUCCCACAUAAUGAAUUCUAAGUUGUGUUUUUUACCAAAUUUGAAAAUGAGCUCAUUUUAAGAUUUUCCCCUAUAAUCUUGGUCGUUAUUGCCGCGUCUGCAGCAGACAGGUGUGUUUGCGUUGAACUCGCUUUGAUUAUAUAUAUGUUUGCAGCUGAGCACCUGUUAUUAUAGUUCCUCUCAAUGGGUAGCAUAGUCUCCCUCUACACACACACACACACACACACACACACACACCAUGAGUAGAAUAAGUCCCCAGUAACGUAUGCAGGCAACCGUGGGCAGGUUCGGUGACUUGGUUAAUUACGUGUUAUCGCACCCCAACGGCGUGGAUUAAUUGUUGUUCUCCGUUUCGAUCACUGGAUUUUCUGGUUCAGAGACGAUAAUUUACAGGCCACGGUCAGAGAGUUGGAAUAUUGCCGAGUGCGGCGUCAAACAACAAACAAACGAACUGACAAGUACAAUCGUUCCUUUGGCUCUUUUGUGUGGGUUAAAUAUAAAACGUAAUUUAUCAAUUGAAUUUUUAAAGGCUAUUUUACACAUUAUAUCAUAUUAAUUAUAUUUCAAUCAAAUUUACACACUAUCUAGACCCUAUGUACGAGGGUAUUUACUAAAGUGCACGUCUUAUGACAUUGUUCAUAUUAUUCCACUUAAUUCGUUCGUCGUUAAUGUUGAAAGAAGUUGUUGUAUUUUGUUAACGAGACGAUUCCAACAAGUGCAAAUCUCGUAGUUUACUGAAGUGCAUGCUUUUUUAAAGACUAUAAUGUAUAAUAAAUAAUCUAUAAUAUAUUAUAUAUUACACCCUCUAACUCUUUAAUCUCGCAGUAUUCAAUAUAAAACGAGUUGGGCAGGUUUUGGCAACUUCAAAAUAAAAAAACCGGAUAAUUAACAUUAGGCACAUAAUAUACGUACUCGAUGAAUCCGAAUACAUGAAUGUUUUAUGAUCUUCAGUUUAAAAACCACAUCAUAUGUCACAUAGGACAUUCGUUAAACAUGUUUGAUCUGGCAUGCACUUCAUCGAUGUUCAGCAACAUAGAUAUGAGGGACGUGGGCGUACAUACCCCAUGUAAGACGGCAUGUUCUGAAGUGCACGGUCUAAUAAGUGUAUUGCAUUUAUGACAUGUUUAAUGUGCUCUUGUUAGCAGGCUGAUUAGUUUCUGGCGCUGAUUAUAUGAUUUUACUGUGAUGGUUAUACAAUUCAACCAUCACGGUCAACAGUGGAUCAGGACUUCAUGAAAUUUAUUAACGACGGGGAAUUAUACUGGCGUGUAUUGUGUGCGAUUGUGUACUUGUGAAGGUCCUGUCUGGUUAGAAUGCCAAUACUAUUUUUACAAACCUGUUUCCUUUUUUCUAGUUGUUACAAUCUGACGAGUGCAUGUAGUAACUAUGUUUCUUAAUAAUAUUGUGUAAUUGCAUAUGUGAAAAAUAAA